AUGAAAAACCAGCCAGAUGAGAGAUUAGUGUAUCUGGCACUCAAAAACGUCUUUCGGGACACCGAUGCACAAUUACGCAGGCCUAAGAAGAUUCGCGAACUCAUCCUCAAGCGACAAGAGAGCAUCGAUGUACGAGACCUAAUUGAGGCCCACAACAUCGAUAACGUAUGCAAUGUCGCGAAAGCUUUGCUCGAGCAACAGAUCUUUGAGUCUACAUUAAAGGCCAAGAUUCGAUUUCCAGAAGUGUUCGAAGUAUCACCUGCGCAGAGCGCAGAGCGAUCGGCGUCGGAGCAAGAAGCUGCACGUACGGAAGCUGAUGCGAUCCAAGUCGUUGCCGAGACGAGUCGUGCAGCAGGAAAGGCCGCAACGCAGGCUACUCCUCUAAACCCCUCUUCGGCGCCUUCCGGCAAGCGAAAGUUCCAAAACAUAGCCUCUGGUAACCCAUCUCUGUAUCCAGUCUACCUGCCGUACCAGACACAGCACAAACUUCUAGUGUCUGUGCAACAGUCCUUAGAGAGAGCGUGCUAUGCAUUCGCUACACGAACACUGCCAGACGUGGUCGGAGACAAAGAGUGGGAUUGUGCUGAAUCUGUCGAAUUAAAUCUAUGGACACAAAUCUUCAUGAGGAAUCAAGACAAAUUUCCACAAGAGGAUGUAGACAGAGUUGGAAAACCAUUGCACCAACUUUUUGACUCCGUCGCACAGCUUCGCCAUACCGCCGUACACCGCUUGCGUAUUACAGCCAAUCGGGUGGAGUUGUUCUUGGUUGAUGCAGAGUCUCUGGCGAGGUUGCUGAAUGAUGACCACUGCUAUCAAGAACUGUCGCGACUGCGCCGUGAGACGCACAUGUCUAUUGAAGACAUCAAGCGCAACAAGGAUCUCCUUGAGACCCAGCUUACACUAAAACUGAAAAAGAUAGCAGCUCAAAGAGCAGAAAUAGAUCGAUUGGAGAAAUCAGUUGUCGCCGACAUGUUGAGGGAGGACCAGGAAUAUCGACAAUUUGCGGGGACUGCCUUAAACCAGGCAAUAGAUGCACCAGAUACAGUCUUGCCAAGUACAGCAGCGACAGAGCUUGAUGUGGAAUCAGAUCUCGACGUGACAGGGUUUCAAGUGCACGAUACAGACGCAAAAUCGGGCAGGGACGAUUGGACAGACUAA